UUUCGUGAAACAAAACAGACGACGAAGUAUGCGGCUCCAAACAGAAAAAUAAAAAUAACAGACAACAAAUAACGAUAAAACCAUCAUACAUUCCAAAGAUCGGUGCAAAUGCAAACCCUCGACCCAUAAUCGAACCGAAAAGGCAGCGAACCAGAUCCGCGAAUAGGAAAUAUAUAGGUCGCCGGUGGAGCGGGAAAAGUGAGAAAUAGGAAAAAAGCGGAAUAGCAGUUGGCCCAUUUCACACAGGAAGCGGAGUCUAGUGUCGUCCAUCCCGCAAAAGAGAAUUCACUUUCAAUCGUUAAUAUGCUGUCGCGUCUGCAAGACUUCUUGUCACGCCACCGGCGGAAGUUCAUAGUGACCGGCGUUCUGGUGGGCGGUACCAUAUAUGCUGCUCGUUACGCCCAGCGACGUUUAGUUGAGUUCCAAGAGAAACAGGCCCGGGAGUUCUUUGAAAGAACGCGAAGAAUGACCCAUUUCGAGUCCACGGAAAAGACCUGCAACCAGGUGAUCCUCGGAAUGGGGGAGGAGAUGUGUCAGGCGGUCCUUAGGGAAUGCAGCACGGAUGAACUGCUCGAGCAGCUGCGACAGAAUCCCAAGAAUAAGUUGGAACUCUGGGAGGACAUGAAGAUUGUGGCAUUCACAAGGCUGGCCACCUACGUCUACGCCUCCUCCAUGUUGGUGAUUGCUCUUCGAGUGCAGUUAAACCUCCUAGGUGGCUAUAUCUACAGAGACAUCAUGGCGGAGCAAAAACAAAUCACAGACGAACUAAAGCAGCAAUAUCUUUCCCUGAUCCGACACUUUAUCACUGAGUCGGGCAUCCGAGACCUAGUUCGAUAUAUACGCACUCAGGUCAUCGCAGUCAUCAAGACAAUGCCGUUGUCCCAGCAGUUGUCUCUCAACGAUUUGGAGCAGCUCUUUUGGUCCCUGCAAAUGGCCAUUAAUGCGGACACCCGUCGAGAUCCCAACUCGCGAAUGAGCAAGUACCUGUUGCCCAGUCAGAAUCCCAGCCAUUCACCGCUGCUGCAGAAAAUGUUCAACGAGACGCUGGAUCUGCUCGAAAGCGAGGAUGCCAUUGGAGUGUGCUCACACAAUGUGAGUCGGGGAUUUGUGCUGGCUUGUGAUGCCAUUGCAGAAUCAAUGGGUGAGACUCUACAGCAUAUGCCGCAAUCUGAAGUAAAGACACAACAGGAACAGAACCUUAAGUUCAACCAGGCAGGAGGCUCAGGGGGCAGCAGUUCUAAGAGCCAAAAUGUGGAGAAUAACAACUUGCUGAACAUCAACAGAGUGCUAAUGGCACUGGCCAAGCUCAUUCCAAUUAUCAGUGGCCUCACCUCAAGGGGUUUCGACAGCACUUCGCGACCUCAAAACCUGCCCACCCAGCUUCUCACCUUCUACGUGGUCGCUGAGAAGACAAAAACGCUGGGGGCCAACGUCUAUGAAAGCUUCAGCUCCGCUUAGGAGAUCGACAAAACUUGGAUUAUGCAUCUGUGCAUAGGCUAGGCUAAGACAAUUGAAACAUUUUAGUUUAUACAUCUGUAUAUUUUUAAUACUGUCAUAAUUCUCGGAAGCGUUGUUUGUAUGUCUGCUUGAACCCAACCCGUAUUAAGUUUAGCUGCUAAGAAUAUUUAAUCAAAAGCGUAAGGUAUGUUUAAGCAGAUUCCCCAAUUGAGUCCACGGGGAAUCCAUUGAGACAGGGAUACACAAAGCGAGUAACGUGAAGGCCUUUUAAAAUAACUGGAAAGUUUAAUAUGUGCUUAGGGAAUUAAAAAAAAAAGGAGAUCAAGUUUUUAUAGGACAGACCUGAGGUUUAUUUGGUAUCGAAAAUAAAUGGAAACGUAAAUUUUA